AUGGCAGACAUAAUCUGGAGAAACCAAACAGCUGUCACAGAAUUUAUCCUCCUGGGCUUCGGGGAUCUCCCUGUCCUGCAAAUUAUUCUCUUUCUAAUGUUCCUAGUGAUCUACUUGGCAACUGUGGCUGGGAACAUGAUCAUCACUGCAAUAGUUGUGGCUGAAAAGCAUCUUCACACCCCCAUGUACUACUUCCUGGGGAACUUGUCCUGCUUGGAGACCUGUUACACCUCCACCCUCCUGCCCAGGAUGCUGGUCAGUCUCCUGACUGAGGACAAAACCAUCUCAGUCAGUGGCUGCCUCUCACAACUGUAUUUCUUUUGUGCUCUGGCUGGUACAGAAUGCUGUCUCCUAGCAGCAAUGUCUUAUGAUCGGUAUUUAGCGAUAUGUAAACCCCUGCACUAUUCAACUCUUAUGAACAACAGGCUUUGCCUCCAGUUGGCUGCUGGGUCAUGGUUAAAUGGUAGCUUGGCCACUACCAUCUUUAUAUUAUUCAUAUCACAGUUAAUUUUCUGUGGCUCAAAUGAAAUUGACCAUUUCUAUUGUGAUCCCGUCCUAUUGAUGGAACUCUCCUGCAGUGACACACACCUGAGCAUAUUGGUGAAUCUCAUAUUUGUCUCCAUAUUCACCCUGCCUCCAUUCCUACUAACCAUGACAUCCUACGUGUGUAUCAGCACCACCAUCCUAAGAAUCCCUUCCACCACCGGGAGACAAAAGGCCUUUUCCACCUGCUCCUCUCACCUCACUGUGGUGACAAUUUUCUAUGGCACCAUAAUGAUUUUCUACAUGCUACCGAAACAUGAUACACUCAGAGAUCUGAAGAAAGUGCUCUCCCUCUGCUUCACCGUCCUAACUCCCCUGGUAAAUCCCCUCAUCUACAGCCUGAGAAACAGAGAAGUCAAAGAAGCCUUGAGCAAAGCAGUCAGUAAAUGUGGCUUUUGCAAAAACAUGCAGAGACUAUGA